UCUGGUUUCUUUCAACAAACAAACGUCCAUGCAAUCUGAGCUAGACUGGGGAGGAUUUCUUUGGAAGUCGUCACAUGCAGUAGAUGGCAGUCAUAUAGAGCCCCCUGGUGAAACACAAGACGUAACCUGUGCGGCAACGCUAGAUUAUCAGCCGAGUAAAUUGAAAUGGUGGAAUGUUACCUUAGACACUGGCUUUGAUAUACAGGGAAUGAACUUCUUCGGUCGUUUAGAUCAUAUCGGCCAGUCCAAUGCAUACACUAUAAAAGUGGGUGAGUCUAACUCGCAAACCCAUUUAGUAUUUACGGACAAUAACCCUACUACUUCAAAUGAUGAUUAUAACCCUAAGUAAACAAUUUUUACUGUUCCUGUUCCUGGUUCAGUUGUAUUGGUGGAAAGAUCAGAAAACAUUCUCGUUAUUUGUGAAUUCGAAGUGUUUGCAGAAUGUCCUCUUGGAAGAUGUGGUUGGGAAUGUAAUGAAACCUGUAUGUGUAGCAGUCAGACAACUGGGAAUCACAAGAUUAAGGGCACAUGUCCUUAUGGCUGUAGCGGAAGAUGGAGUGGCGGAAACGGAAGGUGCAACAUUGAAUGCCCUGAUACAAAAUGGGGACCUUAUUGUAAUAACACAUGUGGCCAAUGCAGGAAUAAUGACUCUUGCAGUGUAAAUGAAGGUUCCUGUCCUAAUUCAUGUAAACCUGGAUGGAUUCCACCUUUAUGUGUACAUGAAUGCAAUGAUGGGUAUUUUGGUCAAGAUUGUAAUUAUACAUGUGGAUACUGCAAGAAUGAGCUUGCAUGCAAUAAAGAAACUGGCGAAUGUGAGACUGGGUGUAUGCCAGGAUAUAAACCUCCAGUUUGCAGUCAAAAUUGCGAUCGCGGAUGGUACGGAGAUGACUGUCGCAAGAUUUGUGGUAAAUGUCAUAAUGGAGGAAUAUGUGAUCAUGUGACUGGAAAUUGCCCGGAUGGAUGUGAGGCAGGGUAUCAAGGACAGAACUGUAUACAGCGUGAGACAAUUACGCUUUUAUUCCGUUCAAGAGCAUGUGGUUUUCCACAUCGCGUUACAUAAAGAAGCAUGGAAAACCUUUUGAAAUAUGCUAGUUUGACAAAUUUAUCUGUGUAUAUGCAGUUUACGCGACCCUAUAUUCAGAUCUCUGUAAUAAAAUACAAGACAGUUGGUGAAAACUUAAACUCAGUAUAACAUUUCAUUGCAACUGGUCACAUUCUGCCCUUUCCUCCGUAGGUUACAUAUACAUAAACUGUUCUAUGUAAAUGUAAAGACUCGUGCCUUGCGAUAUACGUCAAAAUACCAAUAUAAAACAAAGAGGGUUUAUGAAAUAUUAUAAUAAUUAAAACGUGAAACAUGACUUUAAAUGAUAGAUUUUUUGAAUUUUGUGAAGGAUUUGUACACUUUUUACCUUACAUGACAUGCCGGCUGUUUAAAGACGCCCCACAGAAUAACUAUAUUCUAUUGUAUUUCCAGGUGGGUAAUUAUACACUAUUAGCUUGAAAAUGAGAAACACAAUAAUCUAAUUACCAACUGACCAGUGGCGUAUGUGAGGCCAAGUGAAUGUGUGUAAUGUCAAUGAAUUUAUUUUAUUUAUGUAGUAGCAGAAUGCUUAGUUCUUGAUGUAUCAAGUUGAACUUAGACAACACCUUGUAUAUUUUAUUUUGUUUGGCAGCAGAUCUGUUUGAUAGUCUAAGCCCUUCAAAAAUCACAUGUGCAUUUAAGUUUCUAUGGUGCAAGAUAGUUAGUUAAAAUCAUGUUUAUGAAACUAUACAUAACAGAGACUGACUGAAUAAGUGUAAGAACACGUUUAUUCAGGAAGGGCCUGAAUUUAUCAUAGCAGUAUUAUCAGAAGUUCAUGUGGGAGAAAACAGUAGGCCGCAAGGUUGUGAUUUGUCUUUGAAGACGUCUAUCCGCCGCGUUUCAGUAAUGCAGUUUUGUCACUGAGAAUGUCGUGGCAGUUAACCAAAUGUACAGUAAUAGACAUUUUAACUGUAAACGGCACAUGUGAUAAAUUGUUUUAGGCCGGUUUGCCAUCAUUAACAGCUGUAAGUUAGAAAAAAACUUGUUUCACCAUUAACCUUAUUAUUUGAUGUAAAUGAUAGUGUAAGAGAAAUCUAAUACCUGUAGUAUGAUCGUGACCAACGAUGUUUUCAUUUCAAUAAUAGAAAUUAUAUAAACUAUUGUGCAAGUAAAAAGGUGUCAUACAAGGCCUGUCAAAACUUCACUAAAUGGCGUAUUGCUCCAAAUCAUCUUCAGCUACUGACAUGUAACAGAAUUUUCAAAUAUAAAGAUAAAGGUGAAGACUUACUUGUAUACGCAAUUUUAACGCCCUUCAUGAGCAAAUCAUGCUCGUAAAAUAUAUAAUCUAGAAUAUAGAAUUUUUUCAAGCUAAAAACGUUAAGGAAGAGAUGACGCCUUAUAGAUUCAUUCAAGAUCUUGAGAAUAAUAUAUUACGUAUAAUGCAUAUCAUGUAUUAGGAUGUACAGUAUCGUAUGUUUUUCUUAUUAUUGUAAUGAGUUAUUUUAAACAGAUGUUUAUCUGCAAAAGUAAGUAGACGUACAUUGACAGGUUAUGACGGACCUCGGAUUUUUUAUCCUUUUGGACAAAAUACCUUAUUUUGAUACAUAAAUCUGUAAUUCUAAUACUUUUAAGAUUUUCUUUUAUAUAAAUAAAGAAGAAUUUUACCGUGUAUUGUAUUGUCGAUUAUAACACGUUUCGAAAAAAUGACCUACUUUUGGCUAUUCCGCCUAAAAAAAGG